AUGCCCGUGACCAACUUUGUAACCCCCGAGAAGUACACGUACCUCAACGGCUUCAGGUCGUUUCACGAAUCUGAAGCCAUCAAGGGUGCGUUGCCGAUCGGCGCCAACUCACCCCAGAAGCCACCCUAUGGCUUGUACGCUGAGAAGCUAUCUGGAACUGCCUUUACGGCUCCCCGCCAUGAGAACCAACAGUCAUGGCUAUACAGAAUCCUUCCUUCAGCUGCGCACUCGUCUUUUGAGCGCUUUGACAAAGUCUCUGAGCCACUGAUCAACGGCAAACUGGACUUUGUACCAAACCAGCUGCGAUGGGAUCCCUUUGAGAUUGACGACCAGGUCGACUGGGUUCAAGGCUUGAAGCUCGUCUCUGGCGCUGGGGAUCCUACUAUCAAGGUCGGCUUGGGUAUCUACAUCUUUGCUGCUGGACGUGACAUGGACGCAAACACGGCCAUGUACUCUUCCGACGGAGAGAUGCUCGUGGUAGCGCAACACGGUGUGUUGGAUAUCCAAACUGAGCUAGGUCGGCUGCUUGUUCGUCCUAACGAGAUUGCGAUACUUCCUCGUGGUAUCAAGUACCGCGUGACGUUGCCUGCAGGCCCUGUGAGAGGGUAUAUCCUUGAGUUGUAUCAAGGACAUUUUACCCUGCCAGAGCUGGGCCCAAUUGGAUCCAACUGUCUGGCGAACCCAAGGGAUUUUCAGAUUCCCACAGCGGCGUUUGAUGAGGAUACGAACACGACUUGGACCAUCAUCAACAAGUACAACAGCCAGCUGUAUGUGGCUAAGCAGGGCCAUACGCCGUUUGAUGUGGUAGCGUGGCAUGGAAAUGACUUGGCAACGAACCCUGGCCAAGAGGGAAAAGCUGACCACGAUAUAGUUUACCCGUACAAGUAUGACCUGGGUCGCUUCUCUGUCAUCGGAAGUAUUUCCUUUGACCACCCUGAUCCAUCCAUCUACACCGUCUUGACCGGUCCAUCCGAUCAUCCCGGAACCGCCGUAGCAGACUUUGUCAUCUUUCCUCCACGCUGGCUAGUCCAAGAAGACACAUUCAGGCCCCCGUGGUACCACCGCAACACCAUGUCCGAAUUCAUGGGACUCAUCUGCGGCGAAUACGACGCCAAGACUGGUGGAGGCUUUCAACCAGCUGGUGCCAGUCUUCACAACGUCAUGUCUGCGCAUGGGCCUGAUGCAGACAGCUUUGAGAGGGCGAGCAAUGCGGUGCUGAAGCCUCAGAAGAUUGGAGAGGGUAGCAUGGCGUUCAUGUUUGAGAGUAGCUUGAUGUUGGGGCUUACGGAGUGGGGGUUGAAGACGUGUCAGAAGGUUCAGGCUGAGUACAGUGAGCAUAGCUGGUCAGGACUGAAGCCGCAUUUUAAGAGGCCGUCUUGA